AUGGCAGGCUCAGGCAGCAGUUUGCCAUGGGGCAAGCAUCUAUUCAAAGCCGUCCUGAUGGUCCUAGUGGCCCUUGUCGUCCUGCACUCGGCGUCGUCCCAGUCCCACCGAGACUUUGCACCACCAGGCCAGCAGAAGAAGGAGGCCCCGGUUGACCUGCUGACCCAGAUAGGACGAUCUGUGCGGGGAACCCUGGAUGCCUGGAUCGGGCCAGAGACCAUGCACUUGGUUGCAGAGACCUCGUCUCAAGUGAUGUGGGCCAUCUCAUCAGCCGUCUCCGUGGCCUUCUUUGCUCUGUCUGGAAUCUCGGCACAACUUCUGAAUGUCUUGGGGCUAGAUGGUGAUCACCUCACCCAGGGCCUGAAGCUGAGCCCUGGCCAGGUCCAGACCUUCCUGCUGUGGGGAGCCGGGGCGCUGGUCAUCUACUGGCUGCUGUCCCUGCUCCUCGGCUUGGUCUUGGCUUUGCUGGGACGGAUCCUGUGGGGCCUGAAGCUUGUCAUCUUCCUGGCAGGCUUUGUGGCCCUGGUGAGGUCGGUGCCUGACCCUUGCACCCGGGCCCUGCUGCUCCUGGCCCUGCUGACCCUUUAUGCCUUGCUGAGCCGGCUUACUGGCACCCGGGCGUCUGGGGCCCUGCUGGAGGCCAAGGUGCGGGGGCUGGAGCGCCAGGUGGAAGAGCUGUGCUGGCGGCAGAAGCGUGUAGCCAAGGGGUUCCGAGGUGUGGAGGAGGAGUGA